GUUCCUCAUUCACUCAUCUCACCAAGGCGUAGACAGAAAGAUGAAGUAAAGCUUUUACUCUUCAGGAACUUCAUAUCAAGUCCUUCACCUCUAUCACUUCUGGAGGAGAACAUGACUGGAUCCUGGAGACUAUUUCUGCUCUGUAGUCUCCUGCAAGGGCUCCCUGAUGCACCUCGUUUGACCACCCCCAAGGAGCCGGUGGUGGAGGGGACUCCUGUGGAGCUGGGGUGCUCUGCCCCGUCCUACUGUGACACCCACCCCCCCACUGUGACGUGGACCCCCGCCCUGGGGCUCAGCACCCAGCUCCAGCAGAACGAUACCGUGACCUCCACUCUGACCUUCAACGCCUCCCACCUCCACCAUGGAAACAAUGUCUCCUGCACUGCGACCUACUACAUACCAUCUGGGAACAAAACUGUGACGUCUACGAGAUACCAACUCAGUAUCUCAUAUGCCCCCAGGAACACCUCUGCUGUCGGCAGCCCGUGUCUUCCAGCCAGAGAGGGAGGCUGCCUCAACCUGACCUGCACCAGUCAUGCUAACCCUGCUGUCAGCGAGUUCACCUGGUACCGAAUACACGGAGAACACAUCCUUAAGAUCGGGACUGGAUCUUCUCUGUCCAUCCAGCUGUGGAACGCCAAUAACGUUUUCUUCUGUGAGGUCCGGAAUGACUUUGGCACAGAAAAGUCUAAUGUCUACAAGAUUGACAUUCAAAUUCCUUCACAGAUCUUUAAUAUUCCAGACUUGGUGCUGUGCAUUGUCAAAUCUGCUGUGAUAUUCGUGGGAUUAGUGUGCGUGGUUGUGUGUAUUAUAAGAACCCGGAAAGUGGGUGAGGAGACGCGGUCCUUUAACGCUGCCACUGUGAAGCGAGCCCCCCCAGACGAGGAGGAGUCCCAGGUCGUCUUCGGAGGUGAGGGGGACAUAUACGUUAACAACGGGAUGCAGAUGAACCCGGUUGGGCCGAGAGAGGAGCCUGUUGGACCGAGAGAGGAGGCUGUUCUGAGAGCCGGUUCCCAAGUCUCAACGCACCAUGAUGCAGCCUCCUCCGGCCGGAUAGGCCCUGCAGGCUCCCACACAGGACGACCGGUCUCUAGGGAGCUGACUGAAGAUACUCAGUAAACAGUUCAUGAUGACCAAGUAUUUCCUCCAGGUAGAUAUUUUAAAAAGUUAGUAUAUAGCUUUUCUUAAAUUAGUUGAAAACCAUCGGUGUCAGUGGCAGCCUGCCCUAUACGCUGAAUAUGCAGUUGUGUGGACCAGUCUAGCCAGUUCACAAAAGUUAAUUAAUUCUCUAAUUCAAGAUCCAUUCGGAGGGGUUAUGUUGCCCUCUGGUGGUGAUUUGCAUUCACAGCCCAGGUAGAGAAUGCUUGUAGUUGUCCAGAGUGAAUUUUAACGCACUAUAUACUGUUUCAUACAUUGUGUGCAGCAUGACAGCAAAUCUAUUGAAAUUAAUAAAUGUCUUAAUAGUAAUUCUAUAAUUUUGGCAAAAUAAACAUUGGUCAAGUUUCUACUAGGUUUUAUAGCAAUGUCUAAUUUUGAUUAAAAUGUGUAACCAUCUCUUUUAAACAA